CGUCGGGGCAGGGGGAAGGCGUACUGCAUCUCGUUGUUGUUCAGUGACUCAUUGCCAAGAACGCCGCUCUCUGCUUGUGUUCGUCUCUGAAUCGAUCUCGCGAGGAUGUCGUGCUGCGGAGGCAACUGCGGGUGCGGGUCCGGCUGCAAGUGCGGCAGCGGCUGCGGAGGGUGCAAGAUGUUCCCGGACAUGGCUGAGCAGGGCACCACCACCACCCAGACCGUCAUCACGGGCGUUGCGCCUUCCAACAAGGGGCACGCCGACGGCGGGUUCGAGGGCGGCGCGGCGUCCGCCGGAGCCGAGAACGGCGGGUGCAAGUGCGGCCCCAACUGCACCUGCAACCCCUGCACCUGCGGCAAGUGAUGAGCUCAUGGCGCGGCCCCUGGCCGGAGGAGGCGAUCGGAAGGACACCCUAGUAUAGCAGUGUUGUGUCCCAAGUGUGUGUGUGGCAUGCUUAAUAACAGUGUUGCGCAUGCUGCUAGUAAUCGUAGUACUGAUGGAGAAGAAUAAUGGUACUGAGAUGCUCGUCGCCGUCGUCGCCGUGUCCUUCCUCGCCGGCAGGUCGCUUGUGGGGCUCAUCUGUAGCAGUGUCAGUGUGUGUAGCAAGCAGGCAAUGCUCUGCUCCGUGUUGUAUGUGCUGCCUGCUUACUGUCUUUAGUGUCGUGUAACCAUCCAUCUAUAUGCAUCUACCAUCUUUGUGUA